AGGAAUUGCGAGAGGUUUUGAAAACUGUGUUCAGAUUAUGAACCACUGUGGUGUUCACAAGACUAGUGCUCAAAUGGAAGACGAUUUCGGUGCUGAUGAGUCCGAUGGGAAUCUCAUCAUUGACACAGACACCGAUGAUGAGAAAAAUUCGGAAAUCAGCAAAAGUUUCGAGGGGGAAAUUGAAAAACGGGAAACCGUGAACGAAGCAAAUGAUGGGCAUUCUUUGGAGUCACUGGAAUGUUUUCUGGAACGUGAGUCAGGCGACGUGGAUUUCGAUGUUCUUGAAGAGGACUUGCGGGUACUCAGAGAGGAUUUCAAAACGAGUCCUGUUGCGGAUUCCAUGAACUCGAAUGCUAAUCAAAUGGAACCCACUACUCCCAGAAACCCAGUCCUAAGAUCGUUGCUGAGCGAAAAACCCCAUAACGUGAUACGGAUCACGUCCAUCAGCCACGGAUCAUCAGGUGUAGUUGUGGAGUCACCGCAAGAGGCCACUCCAAGCUCCACAACGUCCAUUGAUUGGAAAUCACCCCCAGACGAACUCCAACAGAACUGGAAUUGCCCCUCAGGGACAUGGGUCCACUCAAGUCGUUCAGCGGAAGACAAUUUAAAACCCAUGAACUUGACUAACGGAUUCGCAAAUUUUCCGAACGGGAACGGGGUCGUCGUUAGCCGGAAUAACUCUGCUCUUGGCGGACAGUUUUCUGCUCCAGCGUAUCCUCUACCACCAUAUCGCAUGGAAUAUCAUCCAGUUCAGCAAAAUGGCUACACCUAUCAACAGCAGGGAACUUCUUUUGGAGACCAGAGCAGGUUUGCGAGCAAUUUUCCGCAUCAGGGCUACUAUGAUCACUGUUACCCGGGCCAGAACCCAGCUGGGCAACCAGCAUUGCCGAACAGGAUGUUGUACCAGCAAUUACCACCAGUUCAGGAAAAUCGAAUGCCGGCACUGAACUUCUCUCCACUUGGUCGAAUUCCUACUGCAUCUCAUCCAGAAGUCGUCCAAAAUAAUCGGCGUACAGUUGGCAAGGCUACUGCUGCCAAGAACGGAGGAGCAACUGUGAGGCACAAGCGGAAGUUCGUCUGCGCUAUUUGUCACCAACGUUUGCUCUCUUUUGAAACUUGGUCACAGCACAUGGUCAAGAAACACCAGAAGACGUAUACGGACUUGAUCGGUUUGUCGGGCAUCAAAGAUGGUCUCCACGAGUGCAAAUUUUGUGGGCGCAAGUUCAACACGACGGAGUGGUUCCAUUUCCACGUGUGCCAAUGUCACGGCGAACCCGUGUCUCCAAUGAGGCAAUGCAACUUCUGCAAGCAGGUCUUCCCGUGGGACUCCUUCGGUGCCCAUUUGAGAAUCUCGCAUCAAGUCAAUGUGAGCAUCGGUGUGAUGUCGGAUCCACUUGGUACCACGACCACGAUUCGGUUCAACGGAUGCCAAGGAAGCCUCAUCUGUGCCAUUUGCAAGAUCCAGUGCAGUAAUGCGGAUCUGUUGCGUGAACACUUGAAUAAACACUCGGAGGAGUUGUGCGAAAAGUUGUGGAAUGAUCCGGUGUUCGGAGCAAACGUGAAUUGAUGAAGCGCUGGGUCUUCGACUUCUUGAAAAAAUGUCGAACUGCCAAUUUUUUUUGUAAUCGCGGAAAGAGAUUGUUUUUCUCCUGUUUACACGCACUUCAUGCAGAACUUCAUUUUCUGUGGAACACGUUUUCCUUAAAAAGAUAAAAAAACCGAC